AUUAGAGUUGUCCCCGGCACUAUUCCUUUCGCUCGCUCAAACCCUAACUCAAUUCCAUUAUUCUUCUUCUUUUUGAAUUCUUACUCUAAUUAACCAUUGCCCGAUCGAAUAUUCAAUCAAUCGAUUAUUUCUAUUCUGUCAAGAGUUCUUUUCUUUUAUUUUUUGAAAAAGAAAAAAUGGUGUCGGCAAAUAGGGAGAUGGUGGUUUUCUGCUUCGACACACUGGUGGCACACUAUAACAACGAGGAGGUCCCUCCUCCAGCUUUCGAUGACGGCCAACAUCCAUUGUUUGUGACUUGGAAGAAAGUGAUCAAUGGUGGGGAACCUCGUUUACGUGGCUGCAUAGGAACUCUUGAAGCUCGUUGCAUAAUUAGUGGAUUCAAGGAUUAUGCUUUAACUAGUGCCCUGAGGGACCGCCGUUUCCCCCCUAUACAAGCUAAAGAGUUGCCUUACUUGGAAUGUACAGUUUCCAUCCUGACUAACUAUGAAACUGCUAAUGACUACCUUGAUUGGGAGGUUGGAAAACAUGGAAUAAUUAUUGAAUUUACAGAUCCUGACCAUAAUACAAGGCGAAGUGCCACUUACUUGCCUGAGGUUGCUGCUCAUGAAGGCUGGACAAAAAUUGAAGCUAUCGACUCAUUGAUGAGAAAGGCAGGUUAUAGUGGCACAAUCACAGGACAACUGCGAAAGCAUAUUCAACUUACUCGUUAUCAGAGUACCCUAUUUACCAUGCAUUUCAGUGAUUAUGUUGCCUACGUGAAGACAACUAGGGGUGCUGCUUCAACUAUUAAUGGGAAAAAAGUGAUAAAUUAUUGACAAGAUUUGUAGUCCUCCCAUGUGCGCCGUAAUUUAUUUGGCCAAUUGGGACGGUAAACCUUCUUUAACUAAGUUCCACCAUUCUUGUUCAAUCCCAAUCUGUAAUUGGGUACACUCCUAUGUAUUUGCUUAAUUCGUGGGAUUAACACCCCGAAGCUUCUACAAGAUAGAAUUUUAAUGUUGUAAUACUUGUGCGAUUGUAAUGUCAUUCUUCUGUUGUGGAUUGCAAGGUAUAUGUGUUUGUUUUCGAAUAUGAUGUAAGGGAUCUCCAUGUCUGCUUCAUUAUACAUGCACCUUUGUAUUUCGUGCUAAUAUAGCUAUCAAAGUUUUAAAAUUUG